CCUUAAAGUUACCUCCCUGUAAAGAAUGGCCACUCCAAGAGUAACACUGCACAAACUGCAAAACGGUUUUGGUCCAAAAAGUGCGCAAUAGUGAAACUGGAUUCCCUACUAUACUCUCUCACCUCUUUUUUUACUGUGGGAGCAUUUGACUAACGACUGGAGUGAGGCAAGAAAAAGCCCGCUUGUUGAACUUUGUUAGGGGAGGAAGCCAGAGUUGAGCAUGGAUGCUCAACAGCAGACAAAGUCAGAGUCGUUUUUGCACACGGAUACAGUUCUCUGCGAAGCAUCGCCUCCGGCAUCGCGUUGUCCUCUUGCUCCUGGGAGUCCGCUGACGAUGUCAGAGUGGGGAGCCUCUUUGCUAGGCAACAAUGGCACGAUGCCCACGCAGACGCCUUCGACAUUUGUUGGGGUCGGAGGGCCUCGGGUAGCCCCGUCAGCAUUUUCGAUUGAAAGCAUUCUAGCCACCAGAAGGCAAAGAAGACACCAUCAGCAGCAACAACAAACUUCACUUACGGCGGGGGCCAUUGACAGCAACCAGUUAAUCCCUUUAGGAUCUACAGGUGCCCAAGUAUCUGCAUCAUCCUCACCAGUACUGGAUCUUCGCCGACCACCUGCUAAUACGGCAGCUUGCAAUGUACGCUUGCUGUCCGGAGCAGGGCAUGACAGUUCAACUUCGUUUCCGUAUGCCUCGUUCUGUCUAGCCGCUGAUGCCGAACAGCGAAUUUUGUCGGGAGCUGGCCCCUUGGCACCGGCGCUUCCGCAACAUCCACAGCCAACGCAUCCGACAACUGCCCCAUCGCCAACAUUAUUCUACGCACUUAGCGCAAUGUGCAGGGGUAGCCUCAGCGUAACUGGGGGGCCUGGACUAACGGCUGACUGUGUUAUGACUGGAAAGGGCUUGGCGAAUCGCAGACCACGGCGUGCUGGCGUCGAGCGAAAGCCCCGUCAAGCUUACACCGCCAAACAACUUGAACGGCUUGAAGCUGAGUUUAAAGUGGACAAGUACCUCAGCGUGAGUAAGCGAAUGGAGUUAUCAGCGGCCUUGAAUCUCACCGAAGUUCAGAUAAAAACUUGGUUCCAGAACAGAAGGACAAAAUGGAAGAAGCAAAUGACGGCCAGGGUCAAAAUAGCGGAGCGAUCCGGUUUGUGGCCAUCGGUAGAGUUGACAGGGCCUUACGGUAGCCUGCAGCAGACAUUCCUCUGCCCACUGUUCUCUUCUCUAAGUGGCGACUCGGAUGAGGCGGGAGAAUCCCGAACGGAAGAAGAGGCGAGCGAAAACGAUGAAGAGGAUGAAGAUCGACAAGAUAUUAACGUCGACGACGAAUAAACAUCGAACACGUAAUAGGCGUCUCUGUCCGGAGCUACAUCGUUCCAUGAAGCCCUCUCGUUGCACCAUGUUAAUUCUACAGGUGAAUAUGGCCUAAUGAUUGAUUCAAAAGUAUCUGUAGCGGACUUCUAAAAUGUCUGCAGACCCAUGUUCAAUUCAGCUAUCAGCACCUCUCGUGAAACUGGGCGCUUAGUAAGUCUAAGACGCUAACUGAUCGCGGUGCGUGCAAUGCUUGAUGCACGCUCCCACAAAAUAGGCUAAUUGAUCAGUUAUUGAUUGACACACAAUGUUUGCUAAAAUGGGAAAUCAUUCACAUGUGCAUUUUUGCGCUGUACUCUUUCUGAAACUCCAUAGCGAUGUUUCCAGCAUUGACGAGAGGCCCCAGAACCUAGAGGUGACCGUUAAACAGCCAAAAACUUAAAUAAUGUACGCUAUGCUAUUAUUCUAAAGUGUAGAAAAACGUAUGCAUAACGCUCGUGACGAACAUGCUCGCUAACCUAUGUCCAUUAGUUGGUUAUAGUUUGCCAAAAUGUUGCUUGUGAGCCGCAACGAGGACAUGUCCAUAAUUCAUAUUAAACCCCCAAAUUCUAAUAGCCAGAAAUGAUAUAUUAACUUUGCCUCACCAGCUGGAAAAGAAGGACUAUACGCAUAGAAAGACUUUAAUUUCGUCUGUACUAUAUUACUUACCAUGAGCUAUCUGUUUGUGUAAAAGCGCUUAUUGAAUAUCCAUAUACCACCUUAUCUGUUCUCUGAAUCUCUUCAUUCAUUUUAGCCCAUGGGCUAACAGUAAUCGUUUGUACUACUCCUAUUGUGGGCAAUGGCCUGUGACGUUUGCAACCGGCUUGUACACACCUAGUUUACCAAAGAGCCCCCUUAAUUUCCGAUGAUAAUGGGGCGGGGGUGAAAAUAGUAACAACGAUGAUCAAAAUCAGGGCUUCGUAUACGGAGUUACCAUUCGUUUAUGUGGUGUUGACGAUAAUAACAGUACUCACUAGAUAACAAUGAGUCCGCGUGCAAUUCAUAUAGUAACAAUAAUAAUGGCAAAAAUGUUUCGGUGUUCCUAAUAAUAGAAUAAUUUCUCGUAGCUCACUAUCACAUAUAUAGUUGAUUGUAAAUUUCAGCAGGCCUAAACAGUAUUUUAGAUUUUUUUACUUUGAAUAGAACACUUUCACAUCAAUUUAGUUGUUUAAAUGUGCGACGGCUUCUGAAAGGCACCCAGACCUACUUUUGAUUCAAUCAACCUUAUAACAGUGUCCAAGGCGGCGAAGGACACUGUCCUGACGUCGACGCGCUGACGAUAUGAUCGUGCGAAUUAUGCGACUGAGAGUGUAUGUACAAGAAUUUAAUUAUCACCUGAGUAAAUGUAUGAUAGACAAAAUAGUUCUAUAUUUGUUUAAAUAUAUAAUUAAAUGCAAACAUUUUGUAAAUAUAAUACAAUACACAUUGCUGACAAGUCACAAGACGUGAGUGAGACACGCAAUUAGUAAUAAAAGAAAAACAAUAUCGG